AUGCUCAACAAUACUUUUAGACUCACUUAUGACCUCAUUGUACCCAAUUCCGGUGCAGGGCUGGUUUUAUACAAUAAACCCAUAAGAUUUUGUGGACUCGGGAACCCAAACCCGACCAAUUUUGAUAGUAACUUUUCGUUUUCUAUUUUUGAUUUAAACCCGAAUUCUAUAGGUGGUGGUUUUGCUUUUGUUAUCUCGCCCGACGACAUAUCCAUUGGAGCCGCUGGUGGGUUUCUUGGGAUUCCGGCUGGCUCUGUCGCCUUAGAGUUUGACACUUUUAAGGAUAUGGAGUUUAAGGAUGUUAAUGGAAACCAUGUUGGUCUGGAUAUCAACUCAACGGUUUCUUUACAUGUUGUAGAUUUGGAUAGGGUUAAAGUUAAUUUAAGAAGUGGGGAGUUAAUCUACUCGUGGGUUGAGUAUUCCGGGUCAAAUCAUCAACUCAAAGUAUACAUUUCGAAUUCCAAAACAAAGCCCAAAUCACCAGUUUUACCAGUCACCUUAGAUCUUUGUCAUUACGUAAAUGAAUUUAUGUUUGUUGGGUUUUCGGGGUCAACUCAGGGGAGUACUGAGGUCCACUCAGUUGAAUAUUGGAGUUUUACUUCAGCUUUUGAUGACCCAUAUACGGAACUCGGCUCAAACUCACAACCUCCAACAUCACCACCACCAAUUUCAGACUUCAUGAGCCCCCCAUUUGACCCAACGCCAUUUUCGCUGCCACCAACGAUAUCAACCACUCAUACAACCCAAACUUACCGCAAGCCUAGCAAACUAAUAAGAUGGCUGGUGGGGGCGUUGGUUGGAAUAGUUGUGACUGGGGGCAUAAGCAUUUACAUCAAAUAUCAAAAUGGAGAUAAAAAUCAGUACUAUAAUAUCUCCGAUGAGUUUGUCGAGUCAGCUAAACUGAGAUUUGGGUUAUCCGAGGAAUUAUUUGUCGUUGAUGAUGAGGAAUCAGUUGGGUCUGUCAUUGGGAUUGGGAUUCCGCCUAUUAGUGCUGUUAUGUUAGGACCAAUGUGUCUGAGGCCUUGGGAGUUGCCCAUGGCACGGAAGAGUAAUAAUUAG